AAACACGGUCUUUUUCAUGGUUGGUUAUCGAGUUCAGAGGUCUCUCAUGGCUUCUCUUUGGAUUCAUAGUAUUAUUUUGCUUGUUCUUGCGUUGCAACUACAGCCUUUGGUCCAUGUUGCACUUGCUUCAACUAAUGUUCACAUUGUGUAUAUGGGAGAGAGACAGCAUGAUGAACCUGAACUCGUUCAAGACUCCCACCAUGAGGUCUUAUCCAAUAUACUUGGAAGCCAUGAAGCUGCCAAGGAGUCAAUUUUGUACAGCUACAAACAUGGCUUUUCGGGUUUUGCUGCAGUCUUAACUGAGUCUCAAGCCAAGCUUAUUGCAGAUUUCCCAGGAGUUGUCCGUGUAGUACCAAACCGAGUUCUUAGUCUGCAAACGACUAGAAGUUGGGAUUUUCUCCAAGUAAAGCCUCACAUUGGGAAUGGAAUUCUUUCAAUGAGUCAUUCUGGAAUCGGGUCUAUUAUUGGUGUCUUGGACACAGGAAUCUGGCCUGAGUCUGAAAGCUUCAAAGAUGAGGGAAUGGGCAAGGUUCCAUCUCGUUGGAAAGGCAUAUGCCAAAUAGGAGAGAAGUUCAAUCACUCUCACUGUAACAGAAAAAUUAUUGGUGCACGUUGGUAUGUCAAAGGAUAUGAAGCUGAAUUCGGAAAGCUAAAUACAAGUGAUGGGGUUGAAUACUUAUCUCCCCGAGAUGCUGCAGGUCAUGGUACUCACACGGCAUCUACUGCAGCUGGUCUUCCUGUAGAAAAUGCUAGUUUUAUGGGAUUAGCUCAAGGAUUGGCAAGAGGGGGUGCUCCAUCAGCUUGGCUAGCUGUCUACAAAGUUUGCUGGUCUAGUGGUGGCUGCAGCUCAGCUGACCUUCUUGCUGCAUUUGAUGAUGCAAUAUUAGAUGGUGUAGAUGUGCUUUCAGUAUCUCUUGGCUCACCACCUCCACUUCCUGCUUAUGUUGAGGAUGUUUUGUCCAUUGGUUCCUUUCAUGCUGUAACUAAAGGAAUUUCUGUAGUAUGCUCUGCUGGGAAUUCUGGUCCUUAUCCUCAGACUGUCAUAAACACAGCUCCAUGGAUUAUAACCGUAGCUGCAAGCACCAUAGAUAGAGCUUUCCCCACUGUGAUCAUUAUGGGAAACAAUCAAACUCUUGUGGGUCAGGCUUUCCAUACAAUGAAAGAUAUGAACAAAUUUCACCCUAUUGUAUAUGGAGAUGACAUAGCAGCUUGCGGUGCAGUUGACGGCAGUGCAAGGAGUUGUGAUUCAGGAACUCUAAAUGCCACUUUAGCAAGAGGAAAAGUAGUUCUUUGUUUUCAAUCUCGUUCACAGAGUUCAGCUAUCGUUGCAUUAAGUACUGUACUGGAUGUUCAGGCUGCCGGUCUCAUCUUUGCCCAGUUUCCAACGAAGGAUGUUGCAAUAUCCUGGGAUAUCCCUUUUGUCCAAGUGGACUUUGCAAUCGGGACAUCUCUGCUCACUUACAUGGGGAUGACCAGCAAUCCCGUAGUCAAGUUUAGCCUAACGAAAACAGCUGUGGGACAGCAGAUUUCUCCAGAAGUGGCAUUCUUCUCGUCUCGAGGACCCAGUUCCUUAUCUCCAUCUGUAUUGAAGCCUGAUAUUGCUGCUCCUGGGGUUAAUAUCUUGGCCUCCUGGUCCCCUGCUUCUCCCCUCCCUACGGCUAUGACUCAACCACCUCCACUCAACUUCAAUAUUGAAUCGGGGACCUCCAUGGCUUGUCCACAUAUAUCUGGCAUUGUGGCUCUUCUUAAAGCUAUCCAUCCAACAUGGAGCCCUGCUGCAAUCAAGUCUGCACUGGUCACUACAGCUUCUUUGGAAGAUGAAUAUGGUCAGUGUAUUGUGGCUGAGGGAGCUCCCCAUAAGAAGGCAGACCCAUUCGACUAUGGAGGUGGUCAUGUUGAUCCUAAUAAAGCCAUAGCUCCUGGUCUCAUAUAUGACAUGGGGUUCUCAGAUUAUUACCAUUUUCUUUGCGCAAUGGGCUACAAUAAUUCUGCCAUCAGUUCGAUUACUAAGGCUCGCAUCCAUUGCCGCAAAUCAGCCAACUUCCUUGCAAAUCUUAAUCUGCCCUCUAUUACUAUUCCUGAGCUGAAGAAGAAGUUAACUGUGUCAAGAACAGUCACAAAUGUUGGUCCAGUUAACUCUGUUUACACUGCUCUGGUUCAAGCCCCAGCAGGCACCGAUGUGAUAGUUGAGCCAUCAAGUUUGUUCUUUAAUUCUACAAUAAGGAAGCUAAAGUUCAAGGUUACUUUCCACUCCCAGCUAAGAGUUCAAGGAAGAUACUCAUUUGGCAAUCUUCUUUGGAAAGAUGGUUUCCAUGUAGUGAGAAUACCAUUGAUAGUUAGGACUGUCAUACAAGAUUUUUAUGCAGAAACAUGAUGCUUGUUGCCACCAACUGCUUCUCUUUGUAUCAAUAAAUUAUCAUUGAUGAUUAAUAAUCUGUUAACCUCAUAUUGCUGAUUCAUUUUCAGGUAACUAGUUAAAUGAAUCUACCUUUUAAGAUGUUGACUUUAAGAGUCAGGCCACCUUGUGAAAUUGAGAGCUCACGCUUCUUCCACUAUGAAA